AUGACAGGAACAGAUGUGUUUGGAAUUACUGUACCUCUUAUUACCAGUACUACUGGAGAUAAACUGGGAAAGACUGCUGGCAAUGCAGUUUGGCUAAACAGAGAUAAGACUUCUCCAUUUGAGCUAUAUCAGUUUUUUGUCAGACAACAAGAUAACAUAGUUGAAAAAUACCUGAAACUCUUCACCUUCCUUCCUCUUGAGGAGAUUGACCACAUCAUGGAAAUGCAUGCAAAAGAACCUGAAAAAUGGGGCCCUCAGAAACGACUUGCUGCAGAAGUAACCAAGCUUGUUCAUGGUAGAGAUGGGCUAGAAUCUGCUAAGAGGUGCACUAAGGCCCUUUAUCACAGCAGCCUGGAGGCAUUGGAAGCUAUGUCUGACCAAGAGUUACAGGAACUUUUUAGACAAGCUCCUUCAGCUGAAUUGAUGCUUGAACCUGGAAUGGAUGUUCUUGACUUGUGUCGCAAAGCAAAUGCCAUUCCAGAUGGACCUAGUGGGUACCAGAAAAUUACAAAUGGUGGAGUUUCAAUAAAUGGGAUUCGUGUAACUAAUCCUGAGACUGUUCUUAUUCUUGGACAGCAUAUUCUCAAGAAUGGAGUAUCGUUGCUUAGGAUUGGAAAGAAAAAUUACUACAUUAUAAAGUGGCUGCAGUUGUGACAAGAGAAUAUCUCCCUAAAAUGACGGAUCAUUUCAACUCUGUUGCUUGAAGAUGUACUCAACAAUGUUUCUAUACUGUGCAUUACUACGCAGCUCACAAACUGCCCAAUACCAUAGUUUCAUUCUGAAAAUACACCAACAGAGUUCAAAUAAAGGCAACUAA